UAUUGGUGACAUGGAGUUCUCAGCGGAAGCUUUAGAGAGAGAUAUAAACAACAUGAGGAAAUAUUAUGGGAGUGGAAAAACAAAAGAAACAUCAUGGAGAGAAUCACAACUAAAAGGGUUGCGUAACUUUGUCAAAGAAAAUGAGGAAGAAAUCUUGAAGGCCCUCAAGAAGGAUUUAGGGAAGCAUCAUGUUGAGGCUUUUAGAGAUGAGGUUGGAACGUUAAAAAAAUCCAUUGAUUUGGCAAUAAAGUCCUUCAAAAAAUGGAUGGCUGGUAAAGAGGCUAAACUGCCCCAAAUAGCACUACUUUCAAGUGCAGAAAUUGUUGCUGAGCCUCUUGGUCUAGUCCUCAUAAUCUCAUCAUGGAAUUUUCCCUUUGGACUGUCCUUGGAGCCAUUAAUUGGAGCCAUAGCUGCUGGAAAUGUUGCAGUCCUAAAACCUUCAGAGUUGGCCCCUACUUCUUCUUCUCUUCUAGCCACUGUUCUACCAAAUUAUUUGGACAAUAAUGGCAUUAAGAUCAUUGAAGGUGGACCACAGAUUGGAGAGCACCUCCUACAUAAAAAAUGGGACAAGAUUUUUUUCACUGGAAGUGCACGAGUGGGGAGGAUUGUUAUGUCUGCAGCAGUGGAGCAUCUCACUCCUAUAACAUUGGAGUUAGGAGGAAAAUGUCCAGCACUGGUUGAUUCACUUUCAACUUCUUGGGACAGAGAGAUGGCUGUGAAACGAAUUUUGGUUGCAAAGUUUGGGGCUUGUGCAGGACAAGCAUGCAUAGCAAUUGAUUAUGUCCUUGUAGAAAAGAGUUUCAGCUCUACAUUGGUGGAAUUAAUGAAGGAAGGGAUUAAGAAAAUGUUUGGAGACAACCCAAAAGAAUCCAAUACCAUUGCAAGGAUUGUUAAUAAACAACAUUCCAAUAGAAUCAAGAGUCUUCUCAAUGAACCUAAUGUCAAAGAAUCUGUGGUUUUUGGUGGUUCUAUUCACGAUGAUGACUUAUUUAUGGAACCAACAAUAUUACUAGAUCCCCCACUUGAAUCAGCAAUAAUGACAGAAGAAAUCUUUGGCCCUGUGCUUCCCAUAAUAACUGUGGAGAAGAUUGAAGACGGUAUUGAGUUCAUAAACUCAAAGCCUAAACCUCUAGCAAUUUAUGCCUUCACAAAGAACAAUACACUGCAGAGAAGAUUGGUAUCUGAAACAUCAUCUGGGAGCAUUGUAUUUAAUGAUGCAAUUCUACAGUAUAUAGCGGAUACCAUCCCAUUUGGAGGAGUUGGUGAAUGUGGAUUUGGCAAGUAUCAUGGGAAGUUCUCAUUUGAUGCAUUCAGUCACCAUAAAGCUGUGGCUAGGAGAAGUUACUACACUGAUUUUUGGUUCAGGUUUCCUCCAUGGAAUCUUAACAAGUUCCAACUACUUGAAGAAGCUUACCAUUUAAACUACACUGGAAUACUUCUUGUUUUAAUCGGCUUGAAGAGUUCAAAACGUUCAUUGUAUGAGGCUUGUAAAUGAUUUUCAACUCACUUGCUUAUUUUUACAACUAUCAUCCAAUAAGGAUAGCUGAUUAUUGUUAUUCUUUAUUUCUAGGCUUAUGAUAUUUAUGCUAUCCAAGAUUCUAAUGUGUGUUAUUAUAAUAAAUAAUGAGAUUCAAAUGUGUGUGUUUUUCUUUUA